AUGCAUAUCAAGGAGAUGCUCACCGACGCCGAGAGGAGCGGCCAGCCCUCCUUCUCCUUCGAGUACUUCCCUCCCAAGACCGCCCAGGGUGUUCAGAACCUCUACGACCGUAUGGAUCGCAUGUACAACCUCGGCCCCAAGUUCAUUGACAUCACAUGGGGUGCCGGAGGUCGCAUCGCCGAGCUGACCUGCGAGAUGGUUCUCCAGGCUCAGGCUGUUUAUGGCCUCGAGACCUGUAUGCACCUGACUUGCACCGACAUGGGUGUUGAGAAGGUCAAUGAUGCCCUGCUCAAGGCUUACAAGGCCGGCUGCACCAACAUUCUCGCUCUCCGUGGCGAUCCCCCUCGAGACCAGGACAAGUGGACCGCCGCCGACGGUGGCUUCCAAUACGCUCGCGACCUUGUGAAGCACAUCCGCAGCACCUACGGCAACCACUUCGACAUUGGUGUCGCUGGCUACCCCGAGGGCUGCGACGACAACAAGAACGAGGACGAGCUCCUUGACCACCUCAAGGAGAAGGUCGACAUGGGUGCCACCUUCAUCGUCACCCAGAUGUUCUACGACGCCGACAACUUUAUUCGCUGGGUGAAGAAGGUCCGCGAGCGCGGUGUCAACGUCCCAAUUCUCCCCGGAAUUAUGCCCAUUGCCACAUACGCCAGCUUCCUCCGAAGAGCCAAUCACAUGAAGGCCAAGAUCCCCCAAGCUUGGCUCGACGCCCUUGAGCCUGUCAAGAACGACGACGUUGCUGUCCGAGACAUUGGUAAGAGCCUUGUCGCUGAAAUGUGCCGCAAGCUGCUCGCCAAUGGCAUUCACCAUUUGCAUUUCUACACCAUGAACCUCGCCCAGGCCACACGCAUGGUCCUCGAGGAGCUCAACUGGGCUCCCUCGGCUGAGCGUCCCCUCCAGCAUGCCCUGCCAUGGAAGCAAUCCAAAGGUCUUGGUCGCCGCGAGGAGGAUGUGCGACCCAUUUUCUGGCGGAACCGCAACAAGUCAUAUGUCAUUCGCACUCAGGACUGGGAUGAAUUCCCCAACGGUCGAUGGGGUGACUCUCGCUCUCCCGCCUUUGGAGAGCUGGACGCUUACGGCAUUGGCUUGACGGGCACAAACGAGGCGAACCGCAAGAAGUGGGGUGAGCCCAAGACGGUCCAGGACAUUGCCCAGCUCUUUGUCCGCUAUCUCCGCAACGAGAUCGACUCUCUUCCCUGGAGUGAAUCGCCCCUCACCAGCGAGGCUGAUGAGAUCCGAGAUGACCUCGUGGAACUCAACAAGCGUGGCCUCCUGACUGUGAACUCGCAGCCUGCUGUCAACGGUGUCAAGUCUUCUCACCCGGUCCACGGUUGGGGUCCCUCCAACGGUUACGUCUACCAAAAGUCGUACCUGGAGUUGCUUGUCCACCCUGAUGUCUUCAAUGACAUGAUCAGCCGGAUCGAGGGCCACCCUGACCUUACCUUCUAUGCUGUCACCAAGGAUGGUGAACUCCGCUCCAACGCACCCUCAGACUGCCCCAACGCUGUCACCUGGGGUGUGUUCCCUGGAAAGGAGAUUGUGCAGCCAACCAUCGUGGAGAGCAUUAGUUUCCUCGCCUGGAAGGAUGAGGCUUUCCGACUGGGAGUUGACUGGGCUCACUGUUAUGAUGCCAGCUCCCCCAGCAGGGCUCUUAUCGACGAAGUAAUGAACGAGUGGUACCUGGUUAAUAUCGUGAACAACGACUUCCACCAGAACGGAACCAUCUUUGAACUCCUCAAGGGCCUCGAGGUCAAGGACCUGACGACUCCUGCCACUCCCAAGUCUGAACCUGAAGCCAACAGCGCUGAGCCCGUUGCCAACGGUGCGGCGGCUACCGCAGCUGCGAACUAG